GAAGAUGAUAAAAGAGUUCUCUGUUUGUUAUGUAUGAAGUCUGUCUUAUAUUUCGGGCAUACGACAAAUAUGCUCCGUCAUUUACGGACCAAACAUCCGAGUGAAUUCUCAGACGUGGGCAAGAAAAAGACCCCUCCUGCGCUAGUCCAGCCAAGCCAAGUCGAUGUGAUUGUAGAUGAUGAGCAGGGAGACACUGAGCCUGUAGAGAGUGACACUGAUGUGGACAGAGCCAUUAAGGGAAUCCUGCAAACUGCCGUGGGUGAAGAAUCAACGGUUGGAGAAUCAGGGGACGUCCCGGAAUGCGAUGAGCAGGGUGUGAGCGGGUCAUCCUUGGUCGUCGUUCCCUCGAGAAAAUGGAGCGCUGUAUGGGAGCACUAUCAGAAAGUAGAAGAGAGAAGAGUGUUGUGUUUGCUAUGCAUGGAGAAAAUCCAGCACCAAAGUAGCACAAGCAACCUCAUCAGACACCUGCAAAAGAAGCAUCCCACCCAGUAUGCACAGUUAGAGGACCAGUCACAGAGACGCAUCAGCAACAAAGACACGAACGCACAGCCUAGCCCUUCUACUCACACAACCAGCAAAAUUCAGCAAGCGGGGUCACCAAAACACAUCCCGCUAAAUCACGCCCUCCAAGUGCCACUUCGUCAUUCCAGCCACACACCGGCUUAUAUAGCAAAGGAGUAUUCAGAAAGUCGCCUGUUGGAGCGGGAGCGGGAGCUGACGGAGGCGUUAAGGCGAGUCCAACAGGAGGAGAAGCAGAGUCUGGAGCAGCAGAGAGAGUUACUGCAGCAGAGCCGCGCUCUGGAGACCGAGAGACGCGCCCUUCAGAAUCAGAGACAUGACCAGGAGGAUGAAGCCUUCCGGCUUAAGAAAGAGAAAGAGGAACUCGAGCGAGAGAGGGAAGCGUUACAGAAGGAAAGAGAGAAAUUACAGAGAGAGAGAGAGGAGUUACAGAGAGAAAGGGAUAAACUAGACAGACAAAGGAGGGGACUGACUGAAGAGAGAAACUUUCAGAGACCAGAGGUAGAGUGUGAGGAUGACAACUGACGCAAGUCGGACUUGUGAAAACAGAUUUCCUUUUUUUUAUGUUAAUAAACCUGAAGUUUCAGUGAUGGAUCAAAGAAGGUCCCCCAUUCAACCCAUUACAUCUUAUUGAUUGCCAGGGCUCUGCUUUGAGUUCAACAUAAUCACUGUCUCGUCGUGCGUUGUUCAUGUGAAAUAUGUUGUAUUUUCAGUAGGUUAUUAUGUAGACACAGGCUUGAUGGUUUAAGACCAGGUUUGUCGAUAUGUAUGUGUAUAGUACACCUCAAAGCUUGACAGAAUGACUGGAUGAAGAUGAUGGUUUGUGUCUCCAAGGUGGACAAGAUUUGGCAAACUUGAGCAGUAUAGAUGUAGGGUACCUUGAAUAACCUUCUUUAUCCUCUGAAGUCAGCCAUGUAGAUGUCAUUUCCCCUGCAAAAGCUGGUAUUUCUAAAAAUUUGAACUUGACAUGAAGAUGCACAUCCGUCAAUGCAUACCUCACACCAGGUUUACAGACAUCUUCAGAAGCAAAAACAUGUACUCAGCAUUUCAUUUUUCUAAACCUUUACAGACCUGUCCAUCAUCAGUCAAAA